AUGUCUUUCUUUGACUAUCAUGGGAGAGGCUCAGGCAAACCUCAUCCUAUGUUUGAAGAGAAGCCUGCUGAGGUGCCUGACAAGGUUUUGUGGACUCAGAAGGGUGGCCAAGGGCGCUACCAGCUUCAGCCCAAUGAUCCACCUCAGGAACCCUCAUGCUUAGCACUCUUCAACAACAUGGACUCAGAAAACAUUGUGGAGUAUCCUAGAUACCUUAGGGAGCCUAAGGAACACAAUGGCUGGUCUCAGGAAGUGGUUCAAAGAUAUUACACUGAGGUGCUCAGAAUGGACCCAUUGCCUUGGGGUGCAUUUGUAGCUCCUCAGUUCAGACAAGCUCAGUUCAAGCCUCCUGAGCCUGAUCCACCAGCUGGAUUCUCAGCAGCAACUGCUUCUUCAUCAACAGGGAAGGGCUCAGGCAGACCUCAUCAGCCCUUCAAUGUGCUAGAUGCUGCUUUAUCAAAUAUGCAGAGAAGCUCAGUUUGGAAGCCUCAGCCUAUCAGGACUGCCAAUGAUGCUCAGGGCUAUGUCAAGUCUGAGCUCCAAAAGCUGAACAUCAAUGAGAUUGACAAGCUCCUGGACAACUCAGAAUCAGAUCAGAAGCUCAGUGACUUGGACAAUGUACCUGACCUGAUUGAGGACAUGAAGUCCAAGAUUCUUCUACUUGAGCAGGCACUUGAAUCUCAGGAGCUCACAAUGCUUAGGCUCAGGAAAGAUGCUAAGAACAUGGAAGAGGAGCAAGGUGAGCUCAGGGCUUUGCAUGCUGAGCUUCAACUCUCAGUGAAAAGAUCUCAGUCCUACUGGGAGCAGAAGCUGUCUCAGGAUCUUGUGAAUAAGGAAGCUCUGAGAAAGUUCAUGGAAACUCAUCAAAUGAGUGAACUAGAUCUCAGGCAGCUGAUGCAAAAGUCUCCUCAGAUUGAUCACAAGCCUCAGGACUCAGUGAAGGAAGUUGUGGAUGUAUAA